AUGGCAUUUGACAAUUUUCUCUUUGACGGUGAAGUGAUCAAGAAAUUAGUGAUGCGUGUUUUUUUUUUUUACUCGUUAUUCUUCCUUUCGGUGGUUAAACUCAGCCAUGAAUUGACUCUUAGCGUGGAUGCGAAUCGACUUAAUGACUCUGGUCAUUUUGGCACUGAUCUAAUUGCAAGAUCUACGGACGUCGCUGCCAACGAAAGUGCUAUCGAUGCAUCUCUGAGUGACUAUGAUGGAGAAAACCCAAACACAAGUGUUGACAAAAUCAACGAAGAAAGGGUUUUCACGUCUGAGCAAAUUAAUCGUAUCAAACAAGCCCUGGCUGAUGCUAGUGCGAUGGAAGACACUUUGGACAAGAUUGGUACAGUGAUUCAAAGAGCUACAGGGAGUAAUUCAAGAGAAGCGAGUAUUAAUGUACUUAAUCAACUUCAAAACUUUCAAGAGGUGGAACGUGAACGUUACAUGUCCGGAUACAUUCCUGUCUUUGUUGUGACAGUGCUUCAGAACUAUGAUGACUUCAACGGAAUUGAAAACUUGGAGAGAAUCGUGUACGUAGAAGAAAAUGGAAACAAGAUUCUCGAUCCUACGAUUACUGAUUUGUGGUUACAGAUAUUGCAUGAAAUGUAUAAAGAUCAUCCCGAUGUGGAUAAACGAUGGGUACUCGUACGUGAAGCUUAUCGUCACCUGUCACGAUAUGUAGACGUGUCUAAUCUGCUUCAAGGUCGUGAAAUGAAUGAUUUUAAUGCCGCUUUGCGCCUUCACGUAUGUCGUGUUCAACAACUUGAUAAACGUCUAGAACUAAAUGAAGAUUUCGAAUCGUCUUUAUUUAAACUCAAAAUAAAGGGUGACCGGAAUGUUGAGCUUGAUUGGCUGGAAUAUCUUCAAAUUCUUGCAAGUCGAGACAAUGAGAUAUAUCCUUCGCUUUUGAAGUACUAUCAAGGAAAAAUCCAGCCACUUGAUAAAUGUGAAAAACAUGUGAAUGAUCUUCCCGACGUUCCUGAAUUGGCAAUACUUAAGGAAGAAAUGAUAAAACUUAUCACUGCAGCGAAAGAGUCAGGUACAUCGGGUACUCACAAUUAG